AUGGUCACGUGGUGCCGGAGUGUCUGGCCGUCCCACCUCCCUCUGCCAAGGAAGAACCAUCCCUGCAUUGGUUUCCCUUUCUGCACCCGGCCACAGUCGCUGCCAUCUGCAUUUGUGGUGACUGCGGCCGCAGUGGCAAAGAGACGAGUGGCGUGGUCGAGUCGACUUUGGAGGGGUGGGAAGGCAGUUGGCUCAGAGACUGCCUCUCCCUCUGGCGUGGACGUUAUGGAGGUGACACUGGAAACGGAUCAGCCAGAAGCCGUGAUGGACCUGCUGCUGGGCUUUGGAGCGAGUUCAGCCUCGGCGAUGGCCGCCAAAACGCAGCAGGCAGCGCUACGAGUUGUAUGUGCGCAAUUCGAGGGCUCUUUUGACACUCUAAGCAAGCUGGAUCUGGAACAGGUAGGAUGCAUCAUCCAGGCAGCAUUGGAUUUGCCCAGAAAGCCUCGUCUAACCGGCCGCUUGCUGGGUGGUACUUGGAGCAAGUACUUCCCCUUAUCCGAGAGCGUCGAAGUCCGCUUGCCUUGCCACGCCGGACCAAGAGGCGGAACGUUGAGCGAAACUGGGAGGCGCGUGCUGCGACUGGAAGGUGGUGUGGCUUUUGGGGCAGGCGAUCAUCCGACUACAAGAGGUGCGGCAGCUUUCCUGGAGGCCACAUUGACGAAAGCUCGCCCACUGAGCCUUCGAUUUUUGGACUACGGCACUGGAUCCGGAGUUCUGGCGAUCUGUGCUUGGAUGCUGGGAGCGAGGCACACGCUCGGCGUCGACAUCGACAAAACUGCGAUUGCAUCUGCUGCACGAAGCCUUGCAUUAAAUGACACAGUCGCGCCUUUCGAUGCGGCGGGCACCAUUGACUUCGAGCACGUGCCCACCUGCCCCGAGCGCGCUACCAAGCAAAUUGUAGAGGUGGUAGAGGAGGGUGGAGCUUUCGACGUUGUCGUGGCAAACAUCUUGUGCGAACCGCUCCUGCAGCUGGUGGAAACUCUUUCUUGCGCCACCGCGCCUGCUGGAAAGCUUUGCUUGUCUGGUGUGCGCAGCCUACCAGACCUGAGUGCCGUUGAGGCGCUUCAAGAGGCAUAUUCCGAGCAUUUCGAGAACUUUCAGAUAUCAGAUGCUGGUGCCGGAUGGUGCGUCAUAACAGCCGAAAAGAGCGUUUUGCGGUUCAAUUAA